AAAGAAAUUCAAUUAACUGUGAAGAUGUGUUUUCAGAAAAAAAAUAUAACUAUGAAGCCCUUGAACACAAUGUGGGGAAAUGUCAAAGACCCUUCAUUUGCUGCAGAAAGAGAUCCCAGCACAACUAGGUUAAGUUAGAGGAAACGCACAGAUAAGGACAUUAUGCCCCUACAAACUGCCAAAAGUCCUUUUCUUUUGUUCGCCUCUUCUCCUCAUCAAAGCUGAUGGCAAACUGGAGGAUGCAGCACAGAUCUAGCACAGUCAAGAAGGAUUUUCAGCUCCCCAGGUAAAGCACUGGGUAGGGUCCAUCAGGUAAGCCAAUGCCCAUGUAGACAUCUAGUAAUAGCUACACAGGAGGCAAUCAGGGCAUCACCUUUGUUUUUGUUUAUCUGAGGCAGGUGCUCAUAGUGGUGAUCAGAACUUCCCUGCAAUAAGAAGAAACAUGCAAAAUGGUGAAGAUUUUUUGAAAAUCCUCAUGUUCAAUUUGUGAAACUCACUUUUAUUAAAAAAGCCUCUUUGGGUGAAGAGGGCAGUUUUUCUGUUACGCUUGCACGUGUGCAUUCUUGAUCUGACAUGACUUGCAACCACAAGAGAGCACUCUUUCCUUUGAAGAUUUCUCAGUUUCCCCAGAAAGCUAGAGACGAGCCAUAUAAGUUUGCAAACAGCUUGUAAGCUGUUUCAGUUAGACCAGAGCAGCCGAAACAACAAAGCUUGCAGUUGUCUUUUGGAUUUCGUUGUGAAAAGCCUUUGGGUAGUUUUCAGAUGACAGAAGAUCCUUGGUUCCUGAGAGGGAGGAGUUCUGCCAAAACUUUGAAGAUCCCUGUAAACUUUGCAAAUUACCCAUCUUUUGGAGACAAUUAUAUCAAACGAUAUCAUGGAUUACAAUACAUGAGAAGUAUUCAGAGCCUGGAAGAUUAUUUAUGUUUGGCAUUAGCUCUUAUGGUCAUAAUUUCAAGCAGAGAGAAAAGGAAUACACAGGAACCCUCUUAUUAUCUUUUGAAAUAUGAAGAUCAGAGGAAAAGAAGGGUUUAAAGUGUGGAGUGAUGGUCCUCAAAACCUGUCUGUAAAUUAGCUGGUAUCCAACUUCUAUAAAAACAACAAGGCUUAGAGCUGACUUCCACGCACAGAGUGGACCUCAUGAAUUCUUAGCAGUGUUUUGAGAUCUGAGUUUUCAUACACUGCAGGAGGAAAUCGCAGCCACUGGGGCAGAGUACCUCUACAAAUGUUUCCUCCUUCCUUGGACUGAUACAAGAUUUGGAAGCCAAAUUCAGGAACUGACAUUCCACCGGCUGGGAAUAAAAAAAGAAGCAUGGACAGCAGUAAAGAUGAUGAUGGACUACUGAACAGGAUUGCAUUUCCAGGACCUAUGUCCCUGGCUAACAGCCAUGUGCAUCCCCAUAGGGUCCCCCUAAGAGAGCCCUUUGGGGUUCCCUUCCAUCUGGACCCAUCUUACUGGGAGCAAGCCUAUAGCGGGCACACGGGUCGCAUCUCCUACAUCCCAUUCCCUGGCUACGUGGGCAUCUAUGACUAUUCCUUUGAGCCUGCCUUCAUUCGAAAGAGGAAUGAGAGGGAAAGACAGCGGGUGCGCUGCGUGAACGAGGGCUACACACGCCUGAGAGAGCACCUGCCCAAGGAAUUUGCUGACAAGCGCCUCAGCAAAGUGGAGACUCUGAGAGCUGCAAUAAGCUACAUCAAACACCUACAGAGCUUGCUGGACUGUCAUCCCUUAGGGUCGAACAGUAAAGAAACGCUGUCUGCCAAGGAACUCCCAGAAGCUCCCAGUCUUGGUCCCCCACGGGAGUGCAACAGUGAUGGAGAGUCCAAAACCUCAUCAGCUUCAUCCCCCUACAGUGAAUUUGAGGAGACGGGCAGCUAGGUAACAGCCUCUCUGGAGACAGAAAGCUGAAAACCAAAUCUAAAACCCUGGGGAUUUUUCUACAGAUGAAAAUGAAUACCAGGAAAAGGAAAAGCAGCUAGGGAAAAACAGAAAAGGUAUUUUCGAUCUGUCAAAGGACUAACUGUUGUCUGUACAAAACCUGAAGAUGAUUUGUAAGCAAACAGAUAUAUCUCAGGUUGCUUCAGCCGUGUUACUAAACUUCCUUUGGACUGUUAAAACUGAAGCGAUGUUUGCAUUCUAUUUUUCAUUCAGCUUUUAUUCUAUUCCUCUAUUUUCUUUUGCCUUUCACUUGAUGAGACAGCAAAACGAGAUGAAUGCAUUUAAGGAAAUUCCCCUUCCCUUUCUCCUGCUUCCUCCUGUAAGUUUUAUUGGUUGGUUUUCCUGACUGCUAACCUGAGAUAAACUGGCUUGCAAAAGCAUGGACUGGGAAAGGUAAGAUUUAGAUAAAAUGCCUUUCCCUAAAAUUUUUAGGAAACUCACAGAAAUACUCAUGUUUCUGAAAAGACAAUUAAAAAAUAUAAAUAAGGCUGUAUUUGGGAAAUAAUUUAUCUUAUGGCAUCUUUGAAAGUGAAAGAAGAAACUCAUUCAUUGGACACUGGCUAUCUGGUGAUUAUUUGAAAGAUAAUUUUCAGGAAAAGGAAAUCUGACACUUUCAUUUUAAUCAAUAUGAAAAAGAGGAAACAAAGUUGUGUAAAGCUGCACCUUCAAAAGCAAAGCUCUGCUCAUUAUACUGAAAAAAAUGUUGCCAGUCUUUUUCUUCCUUUUCUGAAAAUUGAGUUUGUGGACAAAACAGUCUUGACUGUGUCUUUUUGGCAGGUCUGAUAGAAAUAUGCUGUGGUUAGAUAUAUAGUGGUUAGAUACCAGUGUGUACAAAAAGGGUAACACUGAAUAUGUCAGUUUACAUCUACAUGAAAAUCUAGGUAUUUUUAAUUUCGUUUAGAAUAUUGUAAUACUUUUUCAAAGAAUACGCCUUAUAAAAUUAGUAUCUCAAGUUCUGUGGGCUACCUUUAAUGUGGACCAUGUCUACUUAAAAUGAGAAUUUGUCUCCAAACUGCCCGAAAAUCUUCCUUUCUCCAAGGCCAGACUUAAAUAACAUUUGGUUAGUUUUAAAUGCCAUGCUGAAUAUGGGAUAAACGCCUUCUUACCCAUACACUUUCAAAGAGACUCUUCAAAAUUCUGCUUUUUUUGCCCUAUGUUGGUGAAAUGGAUCUGUACCUUUUUGUCUUCAUGUCAUGCUGACUCAACACCUGAAAAAAUGCUCUUGUAUAAAUAAGAACAAAUACUGAUGAAAUAC